AUGUCGUUGGUCGCGCAUUUAUCUGGCUUAGGCCCUGCAUCAAAGACGACAUUGGAACAAUCCGCAACACCAAGUCGCAAGCUCGAGAGGAUGGAUGCUGUCGCCACAAAUAGAAGGACGUCGAAAUGGAUCUUCAGGGUGCCGAUCCAGUUGCAGGCUUCGGGAUGA